AAAAAAAAAAAAUAAUUGGAUGCACCUUAUCUGUAUUUCAUUCCGAUAAGAGCGAUAAAGUACACUACCUGUACCUUUUCCUCCCGUGUUAUUACUGUUAUUAUUACCUACAUCUGUCAUUUGUGAGUUUAAAGUAGGUGCAGCUGGUCUUUACAAAAAACAUAGAAAAGUUUAAGAAAUCGAAAUAUUUACGAAUUUAUACCGUUUAACCACUUGAUGUGUAAUACAUAGUCAAUCAUGGCAGAAAAAUCAACCCUAGAUUUCGAAGGUUUGAACUUGGAAAAUGGUGAAUUAAAAUGUUUCUACGAUGGAAAAAAGGAUAAAAAUAUUAUUUUACAAGAAAAAAUGGUGAUGACAGCAGGAAAAGAUGUGGAGCGAAGGCAUGCAGCUUUAAGACGAGCCACCCUGCUCAAACAGAAAGUUAUAUCUACUGAACUUAAGUUAGAUGGUUUGAAAAAACAUGAAGUAAUUAAUAGAUCUGGUAAUGAACAUUAUUAUGAGACUCGAGUGGACGAGUUAAAUACCAAGCUAAAUAAUUACACAGGUGCUCUGGAAAAGGAAAAUGAAAGAAUUUCUUCUGACUUGUUAAACAAUGAUUUAAUGAUCAGUGUGAUCAACAAAAGAAGAUCGGUGGCCAUUGGGGAAAAAUUGAAUUGCCAAAAUCAUUUAUUAUGUGACAUGGAAGACACAGGAAAAUCUAAGAAGAAUCCAUUACGUGUCAUAGGGCAUUUCUUAGAUGUAAAACUACGUGGACAUAAGAGAGUAAAAUCUGAUGAAUAUAAAGGACCUGAAUCUGGUCAGAUGAUAAGGCCAAGGACUCUGACCAAUCCAUUUUAUUUCAACAAAGGGGAAAAUGGUAGUUUGAGCAAAAAUGGAGAGAGAUUAGGUGUUGAAAAAGUAUCUUUGCGUACUGAAAUAGAUCCUGCUGCAUUAGCAGAAAUAGAGGCAUUUGAAAAAUUUAUUGAAGACUAUUUUGAUCGUCAUUGUUGUUGUCCAAUUUAAUUCUAAAUUUUGUAAACAGAAAAUAUUUUACAAUUUUGUACAACAUAUACAUUUAUUUUAGAACAAUUUUAUACAUUGAUAAGAAAUUAUUAUUUGAAUUUUUAUAUACUUUUACCUACAUUUAUGAAGUUCCUAUAAGUACAGUAUUAAAUCCUUUGGGAUCAUCCAUAAAUUACAUAAUGCUAUAUUUACACUUUUCAAAUACCAUCCUACCUCCAGUAAUGCUCUAUAAUGCUAUUACUAGUGUUGCCAUCUUUUUCAAAAUUGCUGGCCUGAACAUUUUAAAAUUAGGAUGUUAUACCGAGGAAUGUGCAUUGUAAGAAAUCGUACGAAGCACCAUUUUACAGUCAAGAACUGAAGAAUGUGCAUGCCAGUUUUAAAUCAGUUAGGGACUUGUGUUGGUACAAACCUAAUAUUUGCAAAAUACUCACAAAUAUUUUUAUAAAUUUAUUUUGUUUCAUUGUAAUUUCACAAUUUCUAUGAAAACCGGACAAAUUAAUAAUUAAUCUGGACCAUGAAUUUAAAAACUGGCUUGUCCGGGUGAAAACUGGCCUGAUGGCAACAAUAGCUGUUACACACAGCCAUUCCAAAAUUAUGCAACACCUAUCUAUCAUCUUAAUUGUACUAAGGAAUAACAGACAGCGUAGAGUAGUAAAUGUUACAUUAUUUUAAUCAUGUAAAAUGUUCAAAGCAGUGUCAUAAACAAUAUGGUUCAUUAUGCACUUCAGAAAUAAAAUUGAAUCAUUCUGUUACUCAAGGGUUGAUAUCCUAGCAUUACAAAGAAUUUUUGUAAACACUUCCUACUCCCAUGUAAUGCAUUGUGAAGAUUACCUGCAUACCACUCAACCAUAUUUGUGUUAUGUAAUUUAUGGACAGCCCCUAUAUUAGUGAAAUCAUAUUUUUAAAUUGGCUGACUAAUUGUAAUUUAAUACUAGUCAUAUUUUGUAAUGUGUAAGAACUAGUCAUAUUAUUGUUUAUACAUUCCAAUAAAUAAAUUGUUUUGAAUGUUUAUUAAUUUAUAAUUGUAU